AUGGCUGCUCUCAAAACUCGCCUUGGCUUCACAACCACGACCUCGUUCUCUCUAUUCUGCCUCUUCGGGGGUCUAUUAUUUCUGUUCUCAACUCUUCAACUUCCCUACAUCAACAUCGACGGUGUAUUCUGCGCAAAGGGAAAUCCCUGGUCAGUUCCCGGAGAAUGCUAUGUGUUCCAGAAACCAGGCCUCAUGCGGUCUGGCAUGCUGCUACACCUGGUGACGUUCUUACCCGCGGGUGCUCUGGUGUGUUUUCAGUUCAUACCGGCUCUUCGCAGACCGAAGUAUAUCAAGUUUCACCGCGUGAAUGGGUACAUAGUUCUGGUACUCUCAGCCGUGGGGACGGUGGCGGCAUUGAUUAUUGAGAGUGAGGCUAUGGGUGGCAUAUUCUCAAACAGAAUAGGAACGUGGACUCUUUCGACGCUGGUUACUACUGCGAUGGCGAAGGGUUAUGUCAGUAUCAAGAACAGAGAGAUCGAGAAGCAUCGUGCGUGGAUGCUGAGGGCCUGGUUUUGGGCAACAUCGAUCAUCACCAUGAGAUUCAUUCUCGUAUCACUAGCCCACAUUAUAGGCCACCCUUCCCGAUCGAUGACCAUGAGCAUGUCAUGCGCAGUCAUCGAGUAUUUACACGAAAGUUUCCCUGGAGCGAAGCAGGACCCAUAUCCAAGUUGUGCAGCAUACGCCUCAGGUGAGAAUCCGUUGCAAGAAGCACUUGUGACGACCAAUUGGGAUUUGAAUGAUUUGCCCGGUAUCACGGCUGCUUUAAGAGUUGGAUAUGCUGUUGGAGGUUGGCUAGGCUUUGUUAUCAAUGCCAUCGGAAUAGAAAUCUACAUAUGGAAGACGACACCUGUCCGAAAGCUGAAAGUUUAA